CCAUAAAAUUAGCAAAAAAAAUUGAGUCUCCUGUACAGUUUUCCUUCAUGUUAAGCUGUGCCAGUGACAAGCAUUUUCGAAGCAUGCCACUGGCGACUUCUGAAAUAUACAACCUUAUGAUGCCCUAACCUAAUGAUUUUAUCUUGAAACAUAAAAAGCCAGUAACAAAUCGAUCACGCCACACAAAUUCGAAUUCCAAAUGUUCAACAGGUGUUAUUACGCAAUGUAACGUAUUCAGUUUCUAAAAAUAAUUCAUUUUUGAACGCACAUGUUUUUCAUUCAAAUUCUGAAAUUUAAGUCAUUUUUUUCUUUGAUUAUUAGUAUAAUAAAUAAUUACUUUAUACAAAAGAAAUUUCAGGUGCGCAUUAUUGAAGUGACUAAAGUGUUUUUGGUCCGUGAUUGAAUACGCUCUGUUUAAUUAUUGAUAUUUGUAAGCUGUUUUGUUGACAGUUUUUCUUAACCUGUCUUUAUUGAGAUUUUGUUUAGACUUAUAUACUGUAUUCCCUGUUGCAUAUUCCAACCCUCUUGUUUAAAACAGAAGAGGGUUCAGACAAGUGGUUCCAUCACCCUCUUAAAAAUCUUGUUCUCUGUUUAAUAUAUGAAACUCUAGAACAUUUUAUUAAAGUUUAAAAAUCUCAUGAUUAUUGUAUAUUUAAAGCAACAACAAUUAUGUCUUUGCCACCCGAAAAAGUGAAUGAGCUUAAACAGGUAAUACACAACCAUCUCAGUCAGUUAGAUGUGCAUGGGCAAAUUAGAAAUGUUUUGUCUGAAUCGUUGCGAGAAAAAGAUAUAGAUGAGAAAAACUUGGGAGAAAGUGGUUUGUUGGAGUUGCUUAAAGAACGUGGUAUAGUUGAUGAUAUUAUGAAGACAUUGAAAUUUCAAGGUGUUGAUAAAAACAAGAAACUAACAGAUCCUGUUAAAAUGGAGAAAUCAUGGGUGCCAGAAGAAAACCGCAAAUUUCCUAUUGAUCCAUCAAAACGGUACAUAUAUUUUCAAAUUAUUGGAGGGAAAGCUUUUUUGGAACACUUGCAGGACCCAGAAUUAUUCCCAGGCCAAGUGUCAAGCGUCUUCACUAUCCAUAUCUCAUUUUUGGGACAGAGAUACAAAUCAAGACCAGUAACUUGUGCCUGUGAACCUGCCUUUGAGGAAGGUUUUCUAUUUGAGCUAAAGAAAAAGAAUUCCUCUGAUAAGGGUAAACUUUCAGAUGUAUCAAGUUUGUUAUCAAUCGGAGAUAAGAUUCAUUUGGUUGUAAUUAAAACUGACACUACUGGCGAAUCAGUUCUCCUUGGUUCACACUAUCUUGAGUGGAGAGGUAUUUUGUGUUCAACAUCUGGUCGAGUUCGAAAUGCAAUUGAACUUAAUGGUGUCGGACCGGAAUCUAAAGUUCCAAUAGGCGUUCUUGACAUUCGGAUGGAUUUAAUGCCUCGAUUAACGCAAGUUAUUACCAGUGAUGUCAUUACAACACAGCUAAAUUUAGAGAGAAGUCGUGUUGCUGAGAGGGAGCGACUGUUUCUUGCCUACUCCAAACAAUGGUGGAGAGAAUACUUGCAAAUUCGAGCAUCACACUCUAACAGACUUGUCAAAAUAUUUGCACAGGAUGAAAAUUCAAUACAUAGAGUUGUAUGCUCGUAUGUGAAGCCAUUACGAGCCGGUAGAUUGUUAGACACUCCCAGACAAGCUGCUAGAUUUGUUUCAUUAUUCGCUUUCGAGAAGCAUCCUUCAAUGAGUGGAACAAGAAACGAAAUGUGGACUACCAUGCACUCGUUUGUGGCUAGGAAGAAAGGAGACGUGGAGGAUCAUGCAGUUCUUUUAUGCUCACUUCUGCUUGGUUUUGGUAUGAAUGCAUAUGUUUGUAUAGGUACGAAAACAAAAGGUACUGCGCAUGCCUGGGUUGUUACGAUUGCUCCGGAUGAUUCUGUUUUGUUUUGGGAAAGUCUAACAGCUCAAAGGUAUCCGCACCGCGCAAUAGACCCAAACGACCCGCCUGGUGUUCCGCAACCGAAACCUGAUUAUCAAUAUCGUACUGUUGGCUGCAUAUUUAAUCAUCAGUUUUUUUACGCAAACUCACAGCCCACCGAUGGAGUGCACGUGUGUUCAUUCAACGUCCACAAUGAAUCACAGUGGAAGAGUAUGAGUACGGAUGCAAUCAAGUCAGUUUGUGGCCCAGGUUUGGUGCCGACUCCAGUAUCUUUGGUCCAUCUUGUGCCAUCUGCUGUUGAUCCAAUAGUGACCAGCAAUGAAAUAGAAAACGAACUCAGAGCACUUGUAUAUGAUUACAGGACGGACUUAGGCUUGUUAACAACAUGGGAUGACGAACUUAGUUAUUUAUUAUCGCCAGCACUGGCUGCCUACGAGUUUGAGCAUUCCAAUGGUGUUUGUGUUGGAAACGAUGACUUUCAACAUGCGAUACGUCGAAACGUUCCCGAUGGACAUACGUUCAAAGGAUUUCCGAUUCAAUUUAUACACACUAAUACGAGAAGAGCGUUCGCAACAUGCCUUAGGUCAGCCUUGUGCGAAGAAAUCAUAUGUUGCAGAGGUGACCAAGUAAAGUUAGCUGUCCGUGUUCGAUUAUUUCCGUAUCCUGAAAGCACCUGUGCCGUUUGGGUCAUGUUCGCAGUAAAAUAUAAAUCGGUGUUGUAGUAACUUGGUGAUAUUAACCUUCGGUAGUAACCUGAUAAAGAAAGAAGGAAAGUUUAAUUGCCAUUAAGCAGUUAUUCUAUUUACAAAGGAGUGUAGUGAUUAUUAGAUUGUACCAUCAUGGCGGUAUUUAUUUUUCCGGUUUGCCCCUCUAAUCUGUGCAUAUGAGUUUGCACUUUUUGAAUUAGCUGAAUUCUUUUAUGCGAAAUUUCAGUUUUUGACCAGGUUUACCGGGAAUAAUUUUCCGUGAAAAUUUCUGCCCUCAGAAUAUUUAAAUCAAAUUCUUGGGUACGUUUUUGAAGAACUAGAAUGUAUUAUUUUGUCUAUAUUUAUCGAAUUUAUAAUUUUAAAAUAUUUAGGCAGAAAAUUAAAAUUCACACUUAUUAAA